CCAGCACAACUGGCCUCAGUUAUUUUGGAGUCGUUAUGGAUUAUUUCUCUUCAUAAACUGCUGUUGAAAGAAACAAGAAUGGCUGUUUCACAGGCUGACAAAAUCCUGUGGUGUACAGGCAUAGUUUUUGUGAUUUUACCUCACUUCAAUGUGGGAUUGUUGUCUGACUACAAGAUCUGUGGGGAUUCUGAGUGUGAAAGACUGAUGAGCAGAGUGCAGGCCACCAGGGACCACCGUGGCAAGGACUGCCGUUUCCUUAGCUUCAGACGAGGGGACACCAUUUUUGUUUACCACAAGCUGACCGGAAAGAGAGAAGACCUCUGGGCCGGCACUAUUGACAAACAGUUCGGCUAUUUUCCAAAGGAUGCAGUGCAAGAGGAGCUGGUUUAUGCUACCUUGGAGAAAGUAGUGGAAACACAGGAAUCUGAUUUCUUCUGCAUGGAUAAGUCUGGUUAUCCCAUUGACUCCAGUAAUUUGGACAGUGAUGAUGAUGAUGAUGAUGAUCAGAAAAACCAGGAGUCAGAAACCAUCCAAACCACUCCAUACCCCGAUGACACAAGCACUGAAAGUCCUUCGACAUCAGAAGAUCCCUCUACGGAAUCUCCAGUUUCGGCACAGGAAGCUGACGCCACAUCAGCAGAAGAGGACGAAAAGGAAAGUGCUGGCGACGCCGCUGCCGGGACUCACGUGGAAGCACAGGAGACUCCCGCGGCUCUGACGGAACAAGGUGGGUCUGCCCCCUCCUCAUCCUGGCUUGGUUCUUCAGUGACAGGAUGGUUAGGUCUGGCUACAGAGGAAGAAGCCGGCAGUUUGGCUGAAGAAGAGAAAAAAGAUGAGAGAACAGAGAUGCAGGCCGAAGCUUCUUUGGCUUCGUCCGUUACAGGGUGGCUGGGGUUGGGAGGAGAAGGAAAACCAGACGACGUUGUUAAAAGUAAAGAAGAAGACACAGAAACUGCUGAUUCUUUUACAUCAACCAUGACUGGGUGGCUUGGCUACGGAGGAGAGACAAAAACGGCAGAAAACGAGCAAGCCGAAGAAAGGGAAGAUGAUGAAGAACCUGCAGAGAGAUUCAGGGGUAGGAGGAUGUCUCUGGACCUGGAAGGCAGCCAAUUACACAAAGAGGAGAAGAAAGAGCCGGGGACAUUGGAUUGGCUGGGAAGCGGACUGUCAAGCACGCUGGGCUUUGGCACGACCAAUCAGGAGUCAGGACACGAGACAACACCUGAAAGAGAGGCAAAGGAGACAGUCCAGAUGGAGGAAGAACAGCCGGCGUCUGGUUCUUGGUAUGAUAUGGGGAUCGGGGACAUUUUAGGCUUCAGGCAAGACAAAAAGGAAGUUGAUGAGAGUGAUGUAAGUGGUUUUAAGGAAACAAAAGAGGACAGAACCUUAGAACAUCCCAAAGGCUCAGAGAAUGUGGAUACCAGUCGAUCUCAAAGUGCACUGACAGAGGAGGUAGGGACAGAGACUGGCAAUGAAUCAAAGGAGGAAGAAACUACAAAAUACCAAGAUGUCCAACCAGAGAUCAGAGUCAAUGCUGACCCUAAUAAUAACAAUGAUAUAAGUUCUUCAGACAGAAGCAAGGAUCUUGUCUUACCUGAAGAUGCAGCAUCAGAGUCCAACCUAGAAGACAUUUCUUCUCAGACAGAGUUAGAGAAAACGUCCCAGACUGAAGGUGGAAUGUCUUCAAUGCUCAACAGCAGUAAGGAAGAAGAGGAAGACAAUGUUUCAGAUGAUCACAAGAAAGAAAAAUCCACGGAACUGGAGGCUAAAGAUCAUCAGAUGCCCAAAUCAAUAGAAAAUGAAGGUGAGGUUAAUAACAGAGAGGCAGGAGGAAACGAGAGUAAAACUGCAAGUGGCACUGAUCAAGAUUUGUUGACACAAUCAGGCAUCAAUAUAGGGCCUGACUCCAGUUCUGUGGACUUGAAUUUGAACUCCGUAGGCGAGGUUGAGGAGGACAAAAUAAAGGACACGGUUGAGGAAGGGGCCAAAAUCCCAAAUCAGACUGAUAGCGCACAAGGAUCCAACGACGCGAUCAAAACCGGUACAAGUAGUCAUGAAGGUGAAGGGAAUAAAGCAGAGACAGACGUCCUCCACCGAGAAAUUACCAAGACCCAGACUGAUGACUCAGCAGAACAAAGUCGAGCCAGCGGAGAUAGGGGUGGGAAGAGUCAGCCUUUGUUGUCAUCGGGCAGAGCUGAGGAGAGAAAUGAACCAAUCUCCAAUGAGGAUGAACCUCUACAUGCUCACAGUGUAGGAACCGAUGUGGAUAGUUCAGAUCCACUAGCUAUGAUUGAUAGCACAGAAAACAGGACAGAUCAGGACUCGGUGUCUCCACAUAUGCAACAGGGGGCCACUCAAAGUGUUAGUGAUGCACACGAGCUAAAGGAAACUGUUAAAGAAAAUGAGAGCGAUGGCAACGGAAACAACCUCCAGCCAGUUCAAACUGAGGAAUACAGUUUGAAUGAAAGGGGUCUAAAGUCAACUAUCGGCUCCGGAACAGGAACGCAGACUGAGGAGGUGGAGGAGUCAAAGGAAAAGGAAAUGCAGGGGGAGAUAGAAGAGAUAAAGGGAGAAGAGAAACAGCAGGAAGUGAAGGAGAUAAAGGAAGAAGGGAAACAGGAGGAAGCGAGGAAGAUAAAGGAAGAGGGGAAACAGGAGGAAGAGAGGAAGAUAAAGGAAGAGGGGAAACAGGAGGAAGAGAGGAAGAUAAAGGAAGAGGGGAAACAGGAGGAAGAGAGGAAGAUAAAGGAAGAAGGGAAACAGGAGGAAGGGGAGGAGAUAAAGGAAGAAGGGAGACAGGAGGAAGGGAAGAAGAUAAUGGAAGAGGGGAAACAGGAGGAAGUGGAGGAGAUAAUGGAAGAGGGGAAACAGGAGGAAGUGGGGGAGAUAAUGGAAGAGGGGAAACAGGAGGAAGAGAGGAAGAUAAAGGAAGAAGGGAAACAGGAGGAAGAGAGGAAGAUAAAGGAAGAGGGGAAACAGGAGGAAGGGGAGGAGAUAAAGGAAGAAGGGAAACAGGAGGAAGAGAGGAAGAUAAAGGAAGAAGGGAAACAGGAGGAAGGGGAGGAGAUAAAGGAAGAGGGGAAACAGGAGGAAGAGAGGAAGAUAAAGGAAGAAGGGAAACAGGAGGAAGGGGAGGAGAUAAAGGAAGAAGGGAGACAGGAGGAAGGGAAGAAGAUAAUGGAAGAGGGGAAACAGGAGGAAGGGGAGGAGAUAAUGGAAGAGGGGAAACAGGAGGAAGAGAGGAAGAUAAAGGAAGAGGGGAAACAGGAGGAAGGGAAGAAGAUAAAGGAAGAAGGGAAACAGGAGGAAGGGAAGAAGAUAAAGGAAGAGGGGAAACAGGAGGAAGUGGAGGAGAUAAUGGAAGAGGGGAAACAGGAGGAAGGGAAGAAGAUAAAGGAAGAAGGGAAACAGGAGGAAGGGAAGAAGAUAAAGGAAGAGGGGAAACAGGAGGAAGUGGAGGAGAUAAUGGAAGAAGGGAAACAGGAGGGGAUGGAGGAGUUAAAGGAAGAGGAAAAGCAGAGGGAGAAAGAGCUUUCAAAUGGAGAGGAAAAUAAGGAUGAGAUGGAGGAGAUAAAGGAGGAGGAGUUAAAGGUAGAGGAGAAACAGGAUGAAGUUAUGGAGCUAAUGGAAGAGGGGAAGCAGCAGGAGAUAGAAGAGUUAAAAGAGGAAACGCAGGAGGAGGUGGAGGAAAUGCAGGAGUUGAAGGAGGUAGAAGUAUUAAAGGAACAAGAGAAUAAAGAAGAUGAAGAAAAACAAGUGCAGUCUCCUUUUGAGGAAGAGAUGGAAAACAGCCUUCACUCUUUACCUCACGAGAAAGACAACGAGAGUCCAGAGCAGGAGAAGGACGAGAAAGGGACACAAGUCGAGAACAUCUCAGAAUCUGUGUUCACCGAACCGUCCAUGAAGAGUGAAAAGUGCUGGAUCGAAAAUCCACAGAUGGAAAAGGAGGAGAGAGAGGAAGAAAAGGUCAGAGGUGAAAUGAAAGAGGAAGAGGUUGAGGAGAUGGAGAACGUGGAGCGUUUGAGGAGGAACAAGGACGAAGACGAGACCCUUAAAUGUUCAAAUGAGCGUUGUCCUGAAGCUAGCGAAGACGGAAUUGUGCCGAACAGAGAUGGACAUGAUCCUGCGAAUAUGUUGACCUCAAUGGACGAAGGGGCAGUGAAGACAGGACAGCAAGAUCUAGUAACCGAACAAAUAUUAGCAGAAAGGAUAGGAGGGAGUCAGCCGGUACCAGUUGAAGGCGUAGAGAAGGAUGAGGAUGGAAUACAGGUGGAGAAGGAAAAGGAAGAGAAUAGGGAUGACGGCGCCAUGGCCCAUGAGGGGACAAUCAAUCAUUUACCACAUUCAGGUGAAAGCACUAAUCCACUUUCACCUGGCCACACAACUGAGAACAAAGAAGAUGAUCAGCCGCAGUCCAGUGAGGCCAACAACACUGAGCUUGAAGACACUGAAACAGUCAGCAAUGGGGUUUCCCCUGAGAACAGAACAGAGCAAGUACACUCUGAUCAUAAGAUUGUAACAGAGGAGCACACUGACAGGGAAGAGAGGGAGAUGAACGCAAAGCAUGUUGAUUUUAGGACGGAUGGAGGAAUGGAGGUUCCAGUAUCGUCCGUUGAAAGCCCGUCUGUGAUAUCUGAACAAACCGCUCCGUCUGAUGACCACAAUUUAGGGACAGGAGAGCCUGGAAGUGGAGGAGCGUUUGGCCUUUUCAAAGACGCCUUUAGCUAUUUCAAAUCCCCCGUCACCGAAACUGAGGGAUCGGAAGAGUCUGCCCCUAGUUUGGGUUCUGACACAGGCGAGACAUCCAAGGUACAAACCAAUCUCCCUCCUGAGCAAGAACUGGAUUCAACCACUGAUUCGAAUCAGGUUUACGCGCGAGAGUUGCGCUCAAACUCUCCCAUCACCGUGUCAGGGCAGCAGCCACAGCCUUCUCUUCCUGUCAAAGAGUCCCAGACGGCAUCUCCGUCCCCAAAGCAGAUCAAUUCGCACCCCACGAAUGGCCCCCUCCAGACUAAAACCCUCACCAAACAGUCCAAGAGCCUCCUCGCUCACAUGAGCCCAGAAGAGACGACCGUUCUGACGGAGCUCUUUGGGCUACACAAGCUGCAGUUUUUGGAUUACAUGUUAGGGAGCCGAACAACGAGCGAUGACGCCGAUAGCGAUGACUCGAUAUUGCUGGAUAUUGAAAGACUUCUGGAUUAUCACAAGGAGGCACUGGUGGCUCCCAGCAAAAGGCUCGCGGCCUCACCGCAGGAGGAUAAAGAAAAGACCAGAACGCUCAUCGCACUUCAGAAGCUAGAAACGCUGCUGGCAAGAGUGAGAGAGACUUUCAGCACAGCCGGUGCCAGCUGCGUCGGUGACUCCUGUUCAACUCACAGAGAAGAUAAGGAGACAGAUGAAUGGAUGGGGCUGGAUAAAGAGAAAGAUGGAGGCACAGCAAAAGAGAGGGUGACUGAGGAUGAGAAAGGGGGAGAGAAGGAAAAAAGAAGUGAAGCAGAGAGAUUGCCCCCUAAGUCAUCAUCACCACAGCCGCUGGAAGGGCUGAUGAGGCAAAUUCUGGACUUUGCUCAUCAGAUUACCAAAGACUCAACCACUCAUGUUCACGCUGCGAGGGAGCUCCUCAUAUGGCUAAAUGUAAAGGUUGUUUCGUCACUGCCUGAUGACAUCAGACCCGGGCCAGACCUGUACGGGGUGCCAUGGGAACCAGUCAUCGUCUCCAGUCUGGUGGGGCUGAUGACAAUGCUGUUGUUCACCUGUAGAUGUUAUAGCUCUGUCAAAAGCAGAAUGUAUCGAAGUAAAGAGCGGUGGAUGGCUGAGCAGGUGGCAGAGCUGCUGGACGAGAAGUGUAAAGUCCUUGAGACUCUCAGCAAAUGUCAACAAGAGUAUGAUGACCUGGAGACCGCUCUGAGGGACAGUGGUGUCUUGGCCCAAACUCAAAAGACAGAACAUCUGGAGGUCAAAGCCAGACAGUUGGGACAUGCUAAAAAGGAGCUGGAUAGGGAUCUGGAACAACUGAAGGAUCAACUGGACCAGCAGAGAGAACAUAGGAUAGAGCAGGAAAGGAGGAUAGCUUUGCUUGAAGAGAGCAUGAAAGCCACUGAAGAUGAAAACCGAGACCUCCAGUCACAGGAAGAGCAGGCACAAACCACUCUGAAAGUGUACAAAAUGAACAGUGACAGGCUACAGAGGAAUCUGGAAACAGCUGGAGAAGAGAACGCACUGCUGCAGGAGAGCAACGCUCAGUUUAGGCAGCAGGUGGAGGGAUGGGCAGAGAGAGUGAGUGAGUUGGAGGCGGAGAUGAGCAGGUGUGAGUUGGCCCACAGCACGAUGCUGCAGGAUGUGACCAACAAGGAUGAGCGUAUAACGUCGUUGACGGAUCGGCUGCUGAGCAUGAAAGGUUGGGAUUCUGACCUGGAGGAGGAGGAAGGAGGAGAGAAGGAAACGUCCAAUGGUACAGCGGCGGCAAACGGGAAAGGAGACGUUAUGGACACACAAGGCCAUCUCCAGAAAGUCCAGAAACUCAUCUAUGCUGCGAAGCUGAAUGCAGACCUGAAAGCAGUAGAUGAAGACAAGAACAGACUGUUUGCCAAACUGAACGAUGAAGUCAAAGCAAAAGAAGACCUGCAAGUGAGCAUCAAAGAGCUGGACAAUGAGAAGUUAUCUCUGCAUUCAGAAACUGAAAAGUACCUAGAUCAGGUCCAAAGAUUACAACAGAAACUCCAGAUCAUGACAGAAAUGUACCAGGAGAACGAGCUCAAGCUACACAGGCUGCUGACGGUGGAGGAGAAGGAGCGCCUGCAGAAAGAGGAGAAGUUGAAUAAAGCGGACAAAAACAUUUCGUUGGCCAUGGAAGAGCUCAGCAACUACAGAAAACGAGCAGAAGAGAUGGAGGAGGAGCUGGAGAAAACCAAACAGUCUUACCAGACUCAAGUAUCAGCACACGAGAAGAAGGCUCACAAUAACUGGCUGGCAGCCCGAGCAGCAGAAAGAGAGCUAGCAGACAUCAGGAGAGAGAACGGCCUCUUUAGACAGAAGCUGACAGACACACAGUUUAAACUAGACGCACUCGACAAAGAUCCCUACGCCUUGGACAGCCUGGCUAGACCGCUGCCUUUCAGAGCUGAAAGGUCCCCAUACGGUCCUUCUCCUCUGGGUCGACCUGCGUCUGAAACCAGAGCUUUUCUGUCUCCUCCGACAUUAAUGGAUGGACCGCCUGCUAGACUGUCUCCUAGAGUGUCUCGUGGCCCGAUGGAGCCCCCAGGUGGCCAAGGAGAGCUGGAGCGGAGCGGAGGUCCUCAUUCAGACAGCGGCUCGAUCUCUCCGACAUGGGAGAGAGAUCGCAGGGGCCCCCCACCAGGACCCCCUGGCCCCCCCGGGCCCCUAGGACCUCCAGGCUAUAUGUUCCCAGAACCAGGAGGUCCAAUGUACAGGAGACCUCCCCAAGGAGCUCUGGGCCCUUUCCCUCCUCCUGGCUCUCUCCCACCCGGCCCUCUCCAUCCCAGGGGCCUCCCCCGGGACCCCCUCACAACAUGGCAGAUGGCUCCUUCAGAGAAAACAGCCAUGGGCCUGGAGAGCUGGAACACAGAGAGUCUGGUGCUGUGGAUCGAAGGACUCCUCCUGAAGCUGAUCCAAGGUUCGGGGGCCCACUUCCUCCCGGUCCCCCGAUGGGCCCAAUGGGCCCCAUGGGCGGUCCCUUUCCUCGUAGAGCCCCCUAUGGCCCACCACCUCCUGAUUUCUACCAGCCCAGGGGACCUGCGGGCCCUCCCAUGAUGCCUAUGUGGGCUCCUCCACCUCCAGGGAUGAUGCUCCCUCCUCGUUACCCUCCAGGUGGGGCUCUUGGCCCUCGCCCUCACUACGCUCCCCCCAUGC